UAGACUGGGGAAGGGACUCAUUGUAACAACUUCUCUUAACUUCCCUUUCCUCUCCUGCUUGUGGCUUUGGUUGUCCCCCGGUCUUGGACCAAUUGGUGAAGAAAAUAACAUGGACUCCUUAUACCAAUUGGAUCCCAUUUACAACUCCUUAUCUUCCCUGGAUUGUCCCAAGUCAUGGAAUAGCUAGUGAUGAAAACAACAGAGAUCCAUGUCCAUGAAGCUUGUGGCCUUGGUUGUUCCCAGUCUUGGACCAAUUAGUGAAGAGAAUAACAUGGAUCCCUUCUACCAAACAGGCCCCAUUUAUGUGAAGGUGAAUACCCUGCAAGGGAAGAAAAUGGUUGAAAGUGGUCUGCAGUCAGGAGAUUUUUCCCUGCCGGAAUCCCUGUCUCCUUGUCUCCCCUCACAACCUGAUAUGGAGAACCUGCUGCAAAAAGUGACUGGGGUUCAGAGGGACCUGGAAGAUUUCAAACAGGAGGCCCUGCAGGCCAUUCACCGCCUGGAAGAUGCCUACUGUGAGAUGAGCAGGGCUCUGGCUGAGCAGGGAGAGCAGUCAGCGAGGGUAAAACAGCGUUUGCGGGAAGAGGAGGACAGGGGCAUCGUGCGGAAUAAGGUUCUCACCUUCCUGCUCCCCAGGGAGAAGCAGCUGCGGGAGCACUGCAGAUGGCUGGAGCAUAUGUUUCUAAAGAGCGGGUGCUAUGAGGGACAGGGAUCUGCAAAAAAGAUUUCAGGGAACUGACCUGAUCUGGACUGAGUUAUCCUGAUGAGGUCUGCAGUGGGAGAUCUAGAAUUAUUAAGAACUAAGAGCUUUGCUGGGAAAAAACCAAACAGAUAGACAGACAAAAUCCCCAGACAAGAACAAAAACUCCAAUCCUAUUUUUUUCCUGCCCCAUCCUCCUGGUGCUUCUUCUUGGCACAGCAAUAGUAUGUUGUCCAGUUAAGCUUGGGAUGGGGAUGGGGCGGGGGGGAGAUGCAGAAUAAUAUUAACAGUUAACUGUAAUGUUUCAUUUAUCUCAUUAUUACCUGGGAAAGAUGUGUCUAAAGUCACAAACUUUCUAAAUAAUUUAUUCCUCCCUUCCUUUAAAAAAUACCAACUUUUAUUAUGAAUCAUUUGCAAAAUUCUUUCUUCUCAAUUGUGUCAAAUGCCUUUCUUACAUUUUUUCCAUCUUUCAGGAAGUCCUUCACUAUUGCAGGUAGCAAUUCCCUUUGUAUUUUGGCAGGUAGUCAUUAAAAAGCUGUUACAGCUGAAAAAAUUCAUCUCCCUUCAAUCAAUUCUCCAAA